AGAACAAUUGAAUAAAAGCAAAAAGGGACAUAUUCUGAUUCACUAGGGGGACAGUGCUGUCAAAGAUGAUAACAUAAACCUCGGGGCUAAGACUCGGGAGUGAGAACAGGUUGCACUGUACAUUAAAAUCCAUAUAUUCAAAUAUUUGGUAGUGGGCUGGAAGAUUGCGCCUGCUACUGGCAUAGUUCUUAAUAACAGAGAAUAUUGUCUCCUAACCCUCUUAAGACUUCUGCGUCACCAACAACCUCAAACCUGGCUCCAAACCCUAACCUUGACCCUUUUCUAGAAAAAUGUAAAUAGUUUUUGAAAUGUUUCAGUUAUAUAUUCUGAUAACACAGGGUUGGCGUAAUCACACAUGACAACUUCCCUUACAUUAUCCCUUACAUUAUAUAUCCCUGUAUGAACAAGCACAAUAUUUUAUUUGGUGCAUUCAUACAUAUUUUUACAUUUUCUUGACUGGGCUAGGCCGCCGUCUGACCUGCACUGUGUGAGAACGCAAGUUCUCUUAGUACCUACGAAAAUUUCUCUGAGAUAGCCAUACUGUUAUGAGCGAAGGCUCAGAGUACUGGUUGUAUUUCACCCCAUCACACACAUCUCUUAGCUUUUUGCAGUAAUGAGCAAAAGCACAUAUACAUAUAUGCUAUAUGUGGAAAUCUUAAACAGUAAAGAAAUGGUGGCGACCCUAUGAUACCAGUCUGUGCAACACACAGACCACAGGAAGAGAGGAGGAUCAAAAAAACAAGACCAACAAAGUGAAAACUAACUGUUAGGGCAGGAUUCAGCUGUGUAACCUACUGAGAGAGAGAGUAUAUUGAUCAGCUGCUUUCCUGCUGCUUUCUGCCUCAUUAUCAGACAACACAGAUAACUUUAUUUGGUCAAGCUGCACAUGAAGAUCAAUCAGAGCUGUACAACAUACCCUGCAGCCUGUGCCAUGUAGACAGUGUACCAAGGAGGAUUAACACUUGGUUACUUGUAUUGAUGCUGUCCUCUUUUUUUUCUUUUUUUUAACAUCAAUCAUUCUUUUUGCCUGGAUGGAGAGUCAACUACUCAGCAUCAUGAACAAGAUGAAGAACUUUAAGAGACGUUUCUCUUUGUCGGUUCCUCGGACUGAGACGAUUGAAGAAAAUGAGUUCACUGAGCAGAUCAACCAGCUCAACAUACGGCACACUCAGGGCCUGACUCCAGACAGACUGGGUCCUCCAUCUCAUGAUGCCAGCCCAGUGAGCCCUGAACCAACCACUCCAGGAGCACAGUCUCCAUCCCACCUACACUACCACAGCAAGGCCCAGCACAGACGCUUCUCCAUGGAGGACGUUAGUAAGCGCAUGUCCCUGCCAAUGGACAUCCGCCUGCCUCCAGAGUUUCUGAAGAAGUUGCAGAUGGAGAAUGAAAACUCACCGCUCUGCAAACCUCUCAGUCGCAUGUCUCGACGCGCCUCACUGUCUGACAUAGGAUUUGGGAAACUGGAAACAUAUGUUAAGCUUGGCAAACUGGGUGAGGGGACAUAUGCUACAGUCUUUAAAGGGCGGAGCAAACUCACUGAGAACCUGGUUGCACUGAAGGAGAUCCGGCUGGAGCACGAUGAGGGGGCACCUUGCACUGCUAUCAGAGAAGUGUCUCUGCUAAAGAACCUGAAGCACGCUAAUAUUGUCACCCUGCAUGACAUCAUCCACACCGACCGCUGCCUUACUCUGGUGUUUGAGUAUCUUGACAGUGAUCUUAAACAGUACUUGGACAACUGUGGGAACCUCAUGAGCAUGCAUAAUGUCAAGAUCUUCAUGUUCCAGCUGCUGCGUGGUCUGUCCUAUUGUCACAAGAGGAAAAUCCUCCACAGAGACCUAAAGCCUCAGAACCUGCUCAUCAAUGAUAAGGGCGAACUGAAGUUAGCUGAUUUUGGUCUGGCCAGGGCCAAGUCCGUCCCCACUAAGACCUAUUCCAAUGAGGUGGUAACGCUUUGGUAUCGACCUCCUGACGUGCUGCUAGGCUCUACAGAAUAUUCCACACCCAUCGACAUGUGGGGCGUAGGCUGCAUCCUGUAUGAGAUGGCAACAGGUCGUCCUAUGUUUCCUGGUGCCACUGUGAAGGAAGAACUACAUCUAAUUUUUAGGCUCAUGGGCACUCCGACAGAGGAGACCUGGCCUGGUAUCAGCAGUAAUGAGGAAUUUAUGUCCUACCUCUUUCCUCAGUACAGACCUCAAGCUCUCAUCAACCAUGUGCCCCGGUUGGACACAGAAGGGAUUGACCUGCUGUCUGCUCUGCUGCUGUAUGACACCCGGAGCAGACUCUCCUCUGAAACGGCUCUACGUCACCCCUACUUCCUGAGUCUGGGAGACAACAUUCAUAACUUGGCAGACACUGCUUCAGUGUUUUCUCUCAGAGAGGUGCAGCUCCAGAAGGACCCAGGACACCGCAGCUCAGUAUUCCAGCCUUUAGGUCGAGGAAAGAACCGAAGACAAAGCAUCUUCUAGAGGUCGUGGAGAGGAUGAAGAGAGACGCACGCAAAGCAGAAGACGGCGAGGAACUGCCUUUUCAGAUCACAACACCAAGGCCAUCGCAGCUCAGCACAUUCACAGCAUGUUCACCUGCACGGACAAACACGCAGUCAUUUCCAUGGCAGCUGACUGUGGAGGCACACAGAGUUUCUGGAGACAAACUUGUAUUGCACUUGAAAUACCUUCUGUAUUCAUACAUAUUUGCACACAUUUGCACAAUCAGCUACACCGAACAUGCUGCCGUGAUGUAACUGGACACACCAGAGAUUCAUCCUCCUGACACACACAUGCAUUUCAGCCUAAGAAGAAACGGAGAACUAAAUGAAACGCUCUGCUAUGCUAUACUGCACACCUUUACACAGGCCUGCUUUACAUAGUGUUCAGAGCACACCCAGGGUUCUAGCCAUUCAAAGUAGCUGCUAUCACAACUGGAACAAUGGAUACAGUUGCAGGUAUGCGUGUCUUUGCCCAAACAGAAAUGCAAGUAUUGCAUUAUGUGUUGAGUUUGUUCCAAGUCAGUUGGUUUCUAAAUUAUUUUUCUGGUUUUAUCUUACAAAACAUAUGGUCUAACACUGAUAUGUAGCUUAAAGACACAGUUUGGCAACCAAGGACCCUUAUGAAUCCUAAUUCUUCUCUCAGCUCAACAGUGAUUCACAGGGAUUUGUAGUUUGAGGACAGGGUUAAAACUUAUACACCACCACUACCCACAGAAAAGGCUGACCAGAAACCAAAGAGAAUAGUCACAUUUUUUUCUGUUACUUGGAUUAUCUGAUUUUGUGAUAUAAUUUGUUUAAACAUUGUGUAAAUAUAUAGUUAAUAUUUAAUUGUCAUAGAAGAAGUUCAUAUCAUGUUUUUUAAGCCCCUUUGCUUUGCUAACCUCAAAUUUUAAAAAACUGUAACAUUAGAUAUAACUCUGGGUGCUGCUAGGCACUUGCUCAAUAACGGACCUGUAUGCAUUUGCAAAGUGUUGGUGAACUGAUGAAGCAAAAACAUUAUGCGGCUCACAGAAAAACACUCAGUAACGCUUCAUGGUCAUUCAUUACUUUGCAUAAUGUGACGAGCUAUGCAUAAUGUGCAUUAGCUAGUGAUGGUUAGCUAUCCCAGCUAGCUAAAAAUUUAUUCCAAAUCCCACUGACAUUUGUAAUUAUGCUAAUAGCUAAAAGUUUAGUCUGGAAGGCCAUCUUUCAAAAUAGCACGUUUUAGGCACACAGAUAUUAAAUGAGAGAAUUAAAGACUGAUAUAAUAUUAUUGCUAAAUACUCUAUACUCAGUCUGUUUAACACAUACUUGAUCGUUAUGGGCAAAACUGAGCCCUCAGUGAACGGUGCAGGGUUGCAUGGCAGUUUUAGCAUGUAGUGGUCAAACCAUGUUCAGUUUUUGUGUUCACUGUGUGUUGCAGAAGGCGUUGAUGCUCUCUUGGCUUUGUAAUGAAUAUAUACUUGUAGGUGCUGCUUUCAGUCUUGUGAGCUGCAUCUUUGCAUUCUCGCUUAUCUGACCAAGGAUUCAGCACGGCACUAAUCUGAAAUGCAGUCACAGUUUACUUACACAGUAAAUGGGUUUAAAUGGUGUGAGUUGCAUUUGACAGUUGAUUUUUACUGCUCAAGUUUAUGAAAAGCAACUGUAGAAUUGGAAAGUUAACUUUAAGCGUUAUAAUAUUAGGGUUGCUAACAACAACAUAAGAUAUUUUGUUAUUAAAAUAUUCUUAUAGGGAAACCCACAGAUUAAAUAUAACUCUGAAUCCCACAUCACAUUAUCCUAUCCAAAAUCAUGUUAAAAUUCACUCAUGGUCAUUUUUAAUUGAGUAUGAGCCUCUGUCCCAUAGUUACAACUGGAGGUUCAGCUCUUCAUGAACAAUAUGGCAGGUGUGUUGACACAAUGGUCCAAUGAACAGAAGUAAGCAUUGCGGCAUCUACAUGUAUAUACCUUAGCUGUUGUUAUUGAACAGAAUGGAAUCGGAUGUAUUGUGAUAUUACCUCUGACUUUCUUAGGCCCCAGUGUGGCAGCUAUGGUUUACUUGUAUCACAUAACGGUCUUGAAGUUGUAGGCAUAGCGUUACACUGCUCAUUUGCAGUACCUCUGCCGUCAUGUAACAACCACUGAAGCUACGAUAAAAUCUGACUCUGUUGUGAACAUAAACCUGGAAAGUGGA